CUAUGUAUGAGAACGUCCAAGUAAUCGUGACCGCGCACGCAACACCGGUUUUAAAUUGGAUGCGUGUGCGUGCGCGCCCCCGUAGACUCUUUGUGUAGUGGCGUAGAGAGACGCGCUGAGUUUAGCCAUGGCGGACGAAAAACCCAUGGAAGGAGUGAAGACGGAAAAUAACGACCACAUCAACCUGAAGGUGGCGGGGCAGGACGGCUCGGUGGUGCAGUUUAAGAUCAAGAGGCACACGCCGCUCAGCAAGCUUAUGAAGGCGUACUGCGAGCGACAGGGACUGACGAUGAGGCAGAUCCGGUUCCGGUUCGACGGGCAGCCAAUCAACGAGACAGACACACCUGCACAGUUGGAAAUGGAGGACGAAGAUACAAUCGAUGUGUUCCAGCAGCAAACAGGAGGCCUCUAUUGAGACGUCACAUGACCCCCGCCCAUCUUCCUCCUCGUUACAAGUUCUUUCUUUCCAGAUACUGUUCUAUUUCCACCCUUUCCAUUGUCUCCACGGAAACAGACCCAUGCAAAAUUAGACAUUUUCACAGCUAUCCAUAACUACUGUUGUAUAGUGUUUUAAUUCAUGUUUUUUCCUCUUUAUUUUGUACAUAAGUAUAACUAAGAAACUCAUUUAGCUAUCCAGAAGAGGCAAUAACUACUGGAAGAGUCAGCUCAAGCCUGAUAUUGUGGAGACAGAUGGACAGCAUCAUGACAAGCGAAAGAAAAAAGAAAAUGAAAUUUUAAAAUUGACCCCAAAAAGUCAUUUUACACCUCAUUCACUGCGAGAAUGAGAUUGGCUGGUUAUCCAAACUUAAUUUUCUGUUAUCCGUUUCAGAAAAUUGAUUUUAUAUCUCUUUUUUUAUAUAUUGUAGUAGUUAUGUGUAGAAUAUAUAUUGUUUCAAAUGUAGAUCACAUUUAAAAUAAAGAGCCCAACCAAAGGGGUUUUAGUCAAGUUAAAGAUUUGUGUUGUCUAAUCAAUUUCUUGUUGAAAUAAAAUAUUUCUCCUUUUUUAAUUAAA